CCCCUCUCCGGCUCUUCCCCUCUCUUUCUCUUCUUUUACAUUUCAAAAUUCUCUCUCUAUCUCAUCCCUGGCCUUCAAAAAAUUAGGGUCUCUCCGGCUCUGCCUCUGGUGGGUGCAGGCAUUUCUCAAUGGCCACCAUGGAUCUCGUUCCUUACAGAGACUCUAAUUCUGAGGCUUCUCCGUCUCCCCAAAACCUCCCGUGGCAAGAGAUGUUCCGAUCUGCAUCGGUCAGGAGGCCCCCCGGUCUGCCCACCACCGCUGCCGCUGGUACAUCUAAAGGCGGCACGACCGCGGAAGCCGAAACCUCGCCGGAGGCCAAACCUCCCCCGCCGGAAUGUCCCCCAUCUAAACAUGCUUCUUCUGCCCUUACCACUAAUCCCCAACUCUCUCUGGCCCUCUACAUCGCAAUGGCUCACGCGGGCCUCGUACUUGGCAUCGUCCUCCUUUUCGGCAUCGCCAAACUGCUCGAAGAAUAUCUCCGCCCGAUCGCCUGGGCGGUGCUCUGCUCGAUGCCUCUUCGAGAGAUCCAGUCGUCUCUCGAGGAUUUCUGGACGUACCCACUGAAUCUGGGUGUGUUGGAGACCGCCCUUGCCGUGCCGGUUGCCAUUUUUCGGGCGUCCAUGUCGACCAUGAUGGAUAUGGCGGUUGUGGGGCGCCGGAUGGUCCUCUGGAGAUCGGCUGUGGAUCGCCGGGAGAGACGGAAAAUUGGGUUCUCGAAAUUGGUGCAGUGGUUAGUCUCUUUCGGCUUCUUCUUGUUUAUGUAUGAAUGGUUUGGUGUGGGCGCAGUAUUGGCUUUUGCAUUUUUGGGGUUUCUGGCAACUAAAGUUGGGAUCAUUAACGCGGAGUCCUCUUGUACUUCAACACUUUCUGCGAUAUACUCAGUUCGAAAGAGCCGGAGUUUGUCGAAGAAGGGGAUUCUUAGUAGGGUUAGUAGGAGUCUGACCUCUGGGAUUCUGAGCAGGCUGAAAACCAUUGUUGCAUUAGGCUUGAUUUUGGGUUUCAUUUUCGGUGUUCUUUUUGGUGGAUUGUUCUUCUCAUACAAGAUCGCAGUUGAGGGAAAAGAGGCAGUAAUUUCUCUGAAAGUUCAUAUGCAGGAGAAUGACUACGCCGAGAAACUCGGGAUCAAACAAUGGAUGGAAGAGAAUGACGUGCCUAAAUUGAUGGAUACCUAUACUUCUAAAUUCUAUGAAAUGGUCUCAGAACAGAUUGAUUUGUUAGCAGCACAGUAUAAUUUGACAGAGUUUGUUGACGGUUUCAAGCAUUUCAUGAACAAAAGCAACACUGAACUAGUGGACUCGGGUGCGCCAACGGUACAACAGCAUCACUACGUUGAGAAACUUCACAUUAUUAGUACUCAUGCUCAGAACCGGGAGUGGAAGGGGAUAUAUAUGCAGUUGAGUGAGAUGCUUCACGAAUUAUUAAUGACAAGAGAGGACUUGGUCGACAAGGCGAAAGCGUUUGCCCUUGAAGGAAUUGAUGUCAUGAAGCGUGUUUUCGACAGUAGCAAAUCUGUUCUUGGUGGGGGUGCAAGUUUCUUGGUCUCGAUCGUUCUUUCCAUAUUUUCGGGUGCUGCCAAUUUUUUAAACUUCAUCUCGCACUCCAUCGUGUUCUUUUGGCUUCUUUACUAUCUGAUUACUUCAGAAUCGGGUGGGGUAAUGGAUCAUGUUCUUGGCAUGCUUCCUGUCUCAAUGACUACAAGAAGGCAAUGUGCCGAAGUGCUUGAUCAUGCUAUCAGCAGUGUGCUUCUGGCUACAGCAAAGGUUGCAUUCUUCCAGGGGUGUUUCACAUGGCUUCUCUUUCGUUUUUACCAAAUACAUUUUCUGUACAUGUCCACGGUGAUUGCAUUAGUUAGCCCUUUGCUGCCAAUAUUUCCAUCUUGGAUUUCCUCAAUUCCAGCAGCUGCUCAGUUGGUUCUGGAAGGGAGAUAUAUCGAAGCGGUCAUCAUAUCAGUUGCCCAUCAAGUGCUUAUGGAUUUUGGGGCUUCUGCGAUUCAGGAAGAUAUUCCUGGGCAAAGUGGGUAUCUAACUGGACUUAGCAUACUUGGAGGAAUGGCAUUGUUCUCGUCUGCUCUGGAGGGAGCUAUAAUGGGCCCACUACUGAUGACAGUUAUGAUAGCCUUGAAAAAUUUGUAUACUGAGUUCGUGCUGGCUGCGGCUAAGGAAAAGGAACAGUAGUACAUAUGAAGAUGAACCACAGCCCAUGUGAAGCAUCUAUCCGGUGUUUCUGAAUUCAUUUUUCUUGUUUAUUGGAUUUGGCUUAUUCUUUAUGGGGUUGAUUUUGUAUAUUAUCUCGUGGUUUUUAUCUGCUGUCAAAUAUAUGUCACUUGUAUUUUUGGUGCUUCAGUUUCUUGCACUGCUAUACUUCUUUGAAUAAAUGUCAACCGCUUUGUAAUAAGUGGUGCCUCUUCUUCUCUCUCAAUCCUGAAUGCUGGAACAGCCUUGUAUUGAAGACAACCACUUUAUAUAAGAAAAAAGUAAUUUCUGCUGUUA